UAAUCUCAAAUGAUAAAAAUCUUUGCUUGCGACCAGACUAACCAAAUGUAUGGUGGGCGUUGCUUCUGCAUUUGACAGUGAUACUUCACAACAACAUGACUUGUCAGAUGUGGGCCACAUAAAUAGGGGUGGGCUGUGGUAAGAGGAACAGGAAGAGAGGAGCAGAGAGAAAGAAGGUAGAAAGGCAGACAGAAAGGGUGAGAGGUUGUCACGUCGGCAUGUGAAACCUUUCUUAGCAAGUUUUUUUUUCUUCAUAAAGAUAUUGACAAGACAAGUGUCAAGCUAAAAAUGAGCUCAGUCUGUGGUGACUUCAAGAGAUGAUGCGCUGAAGGGACAAAUUUCAAAAGACAAAGGGUUUGACAGCGAGAUUAUUGGACUGCACAGAGAUCAAAGUUGAGAUGGCUGACGAGGGGUUGCUGGAGGCUCUCGUCAUCACCGAAGAGGGAGACAUAAUCGAGGGUGUCGCUGAAAGUGAGGUGGCGAGAAGUUCGCCUAUACUUGUAGAGAACUUCAGCGGAGAGUCAGCUCUGAAAAAGGAAGAGGAGCGCACAGAGAAGGACAAAAAUGAAGAAGUUGUAGUGAAUAAAACGUGUUUAGAAGAGCAGAACCUGGAAAAACAACAAACCAACACAGAGGACGACCAGACAGGAAAGAUUGUUGUUGUGGAUGAAGAGGACAAACUGGAAAAUAAUAAACCAGAGGGAACUGAAAACAGGAAUGAUGGACAGAACAGAGACGAGAGUAAGAGUGAAGGGCAGACAGAUGAAGUGGUGGAGAUUAAUGACAAACCUGGGAAACCCAGUGACACAGAGGAUGAAAACAUUACACAAAAUGACCCUCAACUGGAUGUAAAGAGGUUAAAUUCAUCUGAGCAGCAACCUGAAGGGACACAGAGCCAAGAGGAGGACCCCAAAAAGGUUCACCGGUUAACCCCUGACUUCCCAGAGUCACUGUACGAGCUGCUCUGCACUCUUCAGGAGGGAAGACGGCUCAAUGACCAGCGGUGCUCCUUCAGGCUUGAGAGUGGGAUCAGGAGGCGGAGGUGCCACUCUGAGCCCAACACGACCAAGCCAGCCAACAGAGUCGUCUUUUCCUCCAUGACUUCACUGCAGAAAGAGGAGUUUUUUGAACUGGUGGCCACCGCUCAAGCCCGCCGGCUAGAUGACCAGAGGGCGCAGCUUGAAAGGUCACCACCACCUAAACCAAAAACCAGAAGUUUCAGAGGCAGCAUAAAACAACUCUCUCUGGUGAAAAAGCCUGCACCAAUUCCUGUGCCUGUGCCUAAAGAAGAUCUGUACAAUAUGAUUCUCACGACACAAGCCCAGGGCAGGCUGGAGGAUCAGCGCAGCAGGGCUCCUGGUCCCAUGGAUGAUGAGGACUUCUUCUCCCUGCUCCUGAGGGUCCAGGGGGGACGCAUGGACGAGCAGAGGACUGAACUACCGCGCAUGCUGCAAACCUGAGACGGAAAACAAAAAACCUGUGGGAGCCAUUGCAGUAUUGUAGCUUUUUUUAGUCUGAUCUCCUGUUAAAAGAGGGGUAUUGUUGACCUGAUGAUGCUUUAUUUUAGGGAAUUUUUACCCCUCUUGAUGGUGUUGGUCAGUGUUAAAGCUGUUGAGAGCAAAAACGCUAAUAUUUAGAGCAUCAGAGCUUUUCACUUGACUUUAGCAAUGUUUUUGGUGAGAAGUUUACUUCUAGUUUUUUUUCUUUCCUGGUAAAUAUGAUCAGUAGAUAUGCUUGCCAAAUUUAGCAUUUUCUUGAAUGUCUGCAAUGAGUUGUUGAACUGUUUUGCGUGUGUGCCUGUUCUCAAUGUGGAGGAGGCAGUCUGCUGAACUCUGUUGUUCUCCUUUUUUGUACAUUAGACAUUAAACACACCAGGAAUGGUGAUGAAGAGAUAAUAGCUCCAAGGCCACACAGUGCUUGACUGGAUAUGGAUAAUUCUCCUCCAAAAAUAAAGAAAAGGAAUAUGAA